GCGCUGAAAGUCACUUUCAAAAACAAAUAACUUACUAUUUAGUUGAAACUUUGCAACAUGUGUGUCCGAAGGCAAAACUGGCCUUAACACUGUGGGCCGCAGUCAGCUGGUUGCGAGGGGGGGUGGUUGUAAGCAGUCUCUUAAAAUAAAAAACAAAAACAAAUGAGAGUUGACAUUGCUGGUGGCUUAGUGGAGGUGACAAUGAACGAUUUUUCUCCUUACAGAGAUAGCUAUGAUACGCCGGACUUCGUAUUUGAUUACACUUCAGCGUUUGAUUAUUCUUCUAUUCAUCACAUGACAGCGCUGAAAAAACCCGAGAAGUACAAGACGAUAUUCAACUAUAAGAGACGCCAGGUUGUUGUGGACCUGUCAGAUUGCGAGCCAGAACCGUGGCAGUCGACUAUUAUCAGAACGAUCGUGACGUUCUUCUGCUACCUCUUCCUCGUUUUCACGUUUCCAGUGACAUGCUGGGUCUGCAUCAAGAGAGUGCCGUCCCUGGAGAGAAUCGCGGUCUUCCGUUUGGGAAAGCUGCAGCCAGUUCAAGGUCCAGGCCUUGUGCUGGUUUUCCCAGUGAUUGACUCCUACAUGAAAGUUGACCUGAAGCCCAAGGUUUUUGAGGUGCCUGCACGAGAGGUUCUGACUGGGGAUGGAGCCAUCGUAGAGGUAGGAGCGGAGUUGCAUUGGCAGGUGGUCCACAGUGUCCGUUAUGUCACUCGAGUAAAAGAGGUAGAUGCAACAGUAGGAGCACUCUGCCAGCAGUGCUUGGCAUCUCUUUUGGGCUGCAGCGACCAGGAUGACUUGGACAGGCGACGGGAGGCCAUUGAGGCCACACUUCUGACCAAGCUGAAUGAAACAAUCCUUCCAUGGGGUCUGGAGGUCAUCAAGGUUACUCUUAAAGUGGCCCGUGUGGUGAAAACUGCUGAACCAAGCAACCCACUGACUCCGGUUAUGUCUGCCAUAAAAAGUGCUCUGGGUUUCCCCUCUGAACAUGCCAAAACCCAAACAUCAAUGCCACCUCGUCCUGGUGGCCUACAUGCUGUACCAGCAUGUCCUAGUGAGCCACAGUUUGAGCAGCUGGUGCAGGUCCUACACCAGCUGGCCCUGUUUGCUGCCCAGCAAGAUGAGUUUCAGGGAGUGUGUGCUACGUAUGCUCUCCAGAUUCUUGCUGGCACCCAGGAUGGCAUCACAGUUCACGUUUGCUUCAACCAAGGUAGUGUGGAAUUGGUGCGUGGCAGUGAUCUCGGCGACAGAAGGAAGGCCGAUGUGACACUGCGCCUCUCUGCUGAUGACCUGACCUUGAUCCUAUGUGGAAAGGAAUCUCCCAUGCAGGUGUACAUGGGUGGUCGCAUUCAAGUCCAAGGGGACUGGUCUUGCCUGCGCCGUUUCAUGGGUGUGAUUGACAAAUGCACUACUGGCUAGAAUUUGCUUUUCUUUUGUUCUUUUUCUUUUGUUAGGCCAAGCCAUUUACUUGACACAAUACAGCUAUACUAUACAAAUGAAAUUUUGUUACAGCCAUGUGCAGUAAUAGCGCUGCGGAAGUAUGAGAACAAAAAAUUGUUGUAUAGCUUCAAGUUCUUUUGUUCCUUAUUUCUAUAAAGAGGCUGAUGUAAUGGUGUUGUAACAUAAGGGAGCAGAUCUGCUUUCAGCAAUGUGGAUGUCACAAUGUUUUAGUCGGUGGUAUAUACUUGCUAGUACAUGUUUUGUUCCCUUCUAUUAGAGUUUCGGUUUAUGUAGUACACACCCUUUAAAGCAAUCAUGUAGGAGCAUUGUAAAUAUGUAGCUUAACAGUGGUGCACUGAGUUCAUAAUACACAAAAUGAAGUGCUUAACAUUUCUUAGUUUAUUAGAUAAUUGGCCUAAACAAAAGUUGUCUAAAGAGAGCCUACUGUAUUUAUAAACUUAUAUAGCAUUUGAUUAAAAAAAAUUAUUGUUUCACCUUGUGCUUGCCUUCAAACUCAAAAUUUUGGGUUUUUUUUUUUUGUUAGAACAAGAUUUUUCUAGUCAAUCAUUUUUAUGUUGGCCAGCAUUUGUAUUUACCAAUAGUGUUAUGCUCAUACAUGUCUUUUGUGCUAAUUGUUUUGAUGAUUUUCUGGCAUCAUUGUUUCUUACAUUGAGAUAAAAACUGAUGCAGAAUACUAGUAACAUCUCUAGUGAUACACACAUUCCAUUCUUAGUUUAAUGAGUGCUUUCACGGUAUGUAUUACUGCAUUUAACAGCAUUUGAUAUGCUAGUAUAAUAGAGUUUUCCAUCCGCAUUUUAAGCUAUCCACCCUUUGAAAGGUCACUAAAUCAUUGCUGUACAUAUUUUAAAGGAACUUCUGCAUCACAUGCGGUGUACCAUGAUGACCAUUUCUCGUGAAAAUGAAAGGGCCAUAUGUCAUCGGGAAGCCACAAAUUUAAAACACAUUCCUGCACUCCUCUCUAAGCUUUUCCAGUCUCUUCUUCGCAUGUCAUGACACCAGCCUUGUGACAGCUUUUUCUUUUUAGUGAAGUUAUCAAGACGAAGAUAGUGAUUAGGCAGUCAACCAUGGAUGAUAGCACUAACAAAAAAGCCAGCUUUCUCUUCUAGUAGUGUUGGAGUCUUGCCUAUUGUGUGCCACUGUAUCUUUUAUGAAGCCUCUUGUCUGUUGACACUGCAUGGGGCUUUGACUGCACUGUAUGUGUCCUGUAACUUUUGCUGUACUGUAUGGAGUUAUCAAGUACCCGGCAAGGAGUUUAGUGAAAGUAAAUGGAAAAUUGUGGCUGCAUAGUUGUACAUCAAAUGCCUGUAGCAUUGUUCUUAUUGCAUCACUUUACAGUAUUCUUGUGGCUAUAUCUUCACUCUACACUAGUACACCGCUUCGGUUAAAUGACAACUUUGUUAGCUCUGGAUAAUUUAGAAUUCUUUUGAUUCUUCAGUAUCAAUUUUCUUUUUCUUGUUUUUAUAGCUUUAUAAGAAGCUCUAGUCAAGCAUUUCUAUCUAAAUAGUACAAGGGAAGAGAACAUUUUUAUCAGUUAACUAUUGCAUCGAAAUUGAUUGUUUGUCUCGCUUAAGAAAAAAUUUGCAUGCAGCAGUGGUAGGAAGAUUUCUUUUAUCUCUCUCUAAGGUUUUCAAGUGUUUUUAAAAAACUGCUGAAAAAUAAAAAAAAAACUUCUAAUCUUUCAAAAUUGUAACUUAGUAAUAGAAAGCAUUUUUUGUGUAAUUCUGCUAGGUGUACCUAAUGGCAUAUCAGAGCCAAAAACAUGAUUGUGGUAUAUGCGCUGCUUGGAAAUGUGCUAUUAUGGUAAUUUAUGAGCUGGACUUUAGCAAAAUUAUUGUGAACAUUUUGACAUUUUGUAGUUCGAGGUUUGUUCAUUUGGGAUGAUGUAACAAAUGCAGUUUGCAGAACUGCGAUGAUACCUUACAAGUUACAUUAAGUAACCAGAAUUUAUGAUGGAACUUGGCAAGGGAUGGCACCUUACAAAGAGAGAGAGAGAGCAAAAACAUUUAUUAAAGUAACUACAACUUGCAAUAUUCCUUUUUUUUUUAUUAGCCUAAGGGCCCUCAUGCGAGGGCAUACAGUUGAACCCACCUGUAAUAAUACUCAAGUGCCAUGAAAAUUUUAUUGUUAUAACCGAUAAUUGCUAUGAACAGGUUAUACAGAAAAAGGCAGAAUAAGUGGAUGGCAGGUUGUUGUGAGAUAACUACAAUACCGGAUGGAAUAUGCCAACAGACAUCAGUAACAAGGGUGUACAAAGCUGCCGAUAUUUUGGACAUGUUCGAAAAUUCGGAAGCUUUCUCGGGACCACUUCAAGCCCCAUAGAGCCAAUGUAUGACAAUGUCUGAAUUUUGUGAUGCUUAAUCUCCUCACUGUUUGAACGUUUUACUCAUAUUGCAUGUUUUAACAGAAGCCACCGCCGCUUUCUCGCCAUAGCAGAUUUCAAAAGUCAGCUUUGCCACGAUGACAUGCGCUGUGAGGUGAAGCAUAUUGCAAGUCUAAAGGUUUUCUGGAGUACAUUGAAGUUGUUGGCUAGGCUUCAGCGGCUUGAAUGUCUAAUUUUCUUCUUACUUUUCAAGGAUUUCACAUUCUAUUACCAUUUGGCACAGACACCAAACAGCCAAAGUUUGUUGUUGUAACUGAUAAUGAGCCAUGCGAACAUUGCUUAUUUCACAAUAUGAAACAUACGAAAGUAGAUGUAGCAGUAGCGUCUCAUUGUGUCAUGACCAAGAAAGACACUGGGGCUCCAGCGUGCGGAUAGCUAGAGUAAAGAAGAGAAGAACGAAGUCAGAAUAAGAACAGCUGGCCCAGGAUCGGGUGUUGUCUCUUGUUCUCUGUCUCGCUCAUCACAAUGGCGCAGUCGACGAAGAAGUCUUAUGUCCCGGCUUCGUCAUCCAGGAUAGCCGUGAUAAGCGCCACUUGAGGACGGCGUCAAGGCCUCACCUGCCGCCACUGCCACCACCGUUCGGGGACGGCGUCAAGGCCUCCUCGGCGGCUGCAGUACACGUUCUGGUACCAUUUCGCAAGAGACGCCGUCCACGCAUCCUUGGCUAUGGAUUCUGCCAUCAGCGCAAGCCGACAAGUGAACCCUCUGUGGGAAGCCACCAGUACGUGUCUUCGUGGUUCGUCGGCAGUGCGGGCUUCUUCAUCCAGGAACGCCGUUUACGCUUCUUUAGCGAUGGAGUCAACAACUCGGCCGCCGCUUCAGCUGCCCAUCGGACCAUCAGAGGACGGUGUCCGUGCCUCCUCUGUGGUACCAGGGCAUCACCCGAUGAACACCAUGCUACCACUUCGCGCCCGUAAUACGCACGGGCUCCUGUCCUUUGGGAAUGCUGUUCAAGCUUCCCACGGCCUGCAUUCCCUGUACGGUACUCCUCCAACACAUAAGCCGCCAAGAAACGCUGUUCAUGCUUUCUUAGACGUGCGUGUCACCACCGUGAGUACUACUAGAACCACGUACUUCACGGACGCGAACCAAAGCGGUUCAGAAGCCUCGUGCGACAGUGCCGUGGAACUACGGCAUACCAUCGCAAUGCUCCGCGCCGAGACUAACAAACUGACAGCGUUGAUCGCCGAGCGAGCUCCUACAAUGUUGCCAGCAUUGUGUGACAUUAAUGCAGUGUUGGAUGUAGCUGCCUCAUAUGACCUUGAGGCAAGCACACCGGAGCAACGCAGGGAGCUUCGGUCUUUUCUGAUCGAGCUCUCACACCAGCUCGACUGCUUCACGUCGGUGAUCUCCGCGUUGCCACCUGCUUCCUCACAAUCACCGGUCGUCUGCGAACUACCGGAAUUCCAUGGGGUCCGGAACGACGCCGACAGCUGAGUGGCAACCGUCAACGCGACAACGAUGCGCGAGGCCUGGACCGAAUCUCAGAAAUGGACCGUGGCUCUAGAACGUCUUCGGGAAGGUGCAGCGGCGUGGCACCGGUAUAAAGGCUUCAAGCAGCAGUCCUGGGUAGAGUGGAGCUCCAAGCUCAUAGCUGCCUUCGGCCGGACACUCUCCGAUCUCCUUUCCACCACCCAGUCCAACCUGACCGGUACUGAGGAUGGAGUUCAAGAAGGGUUCCAUCUCGAGGCUCCAGCUGAGCACUCCAGUUCUCCACAUGAGCUUCCAGACUCGUCGCUGGUACCGGACCAAAAUUCGUGUCAGCCAUCGGCCACUCCGUCCUCUUUCGUGGGGGGAGAUACAGAGGGGCACAGGGUAGCUGGACCCUUCGUCAACGCGCCCACUACCAUAUAUCGAGCUCAAGUGGGGCGACGGCUCGAUGUCUCAUCGCAGUCCUCCAGUCUGACAACAGGCAACAAGACCACCCUCGAGCCUCAGCAAUUGGCAUCGCAGCCUGUCCAGAACGCCGACAAAAAUGAAGACAAGCGCCCCAAACUGUACCAACGGGAUUGCCUGCUAAGCGUGCUGCGACUGCUACGAGAUAGCCAUGGUCACCGACCAGAGUGUUCGACAGCCCCCACAAGGCGAGUUAUCGCGUCCACGAGAGGGACCCCACAGACGCAGCCAAUACGAUGACAGCUUCACAGAAUGUCCUGCCGCAGAUGCCAAGACCGGCCGUGAAUUAUUUUAUUCUGCCACACAUCACAGAAGUUGCGUACCCACUCUCGACACCAGCCAAGGCACCUAGCGCAUCUUUUGGAAUACGCUUUCGGCAGCCCUCGUCCGGCGUUUUAUAUCAGCCGCUGGUUUUGCAGCCCGUCCGAAGCGCGCUGUCAGGUGCAUGUUUAGCUGCUUCACACAGAGAGUCUCUGCAUGGCCGAGACCAACCACAACGAUGCAGCCAGUCUCGACCUCCCGAUAGACUUGUGGCAGACUCCGGCACCCAGUUCCAGCGUGGUCGAGGCCGACAUCCGAGAUGCAGCCAGUAUCGACCACCAGAUCUACUUCUGGCAGAUACCCAGACCAAAUCACAGCCUUGCCGAAAGCGUCGGCCGCAACGGGGCAGCCAGUGCCGGCCGCCUGAGUCCACAGCACUUUUUCAAGAGACAUCGUGGCAUGCAAAAGAGCGACCGACUCGAGGCAGCCAGUGCCGUCCACCAGAGACGCUUUUCCCAGACCGUCGCUCCAUCUUGCAUUGUGGUCCGGGCUGACCACCACGAUGCAGCCAAGCCUGCCCACCAGAAACUUUGUCGCCAGCUUCGCGCACGUGCAGUCAUGGCCGAGUGUCAUGACCAAGAAAGACACUAGGGCUCUGGCGCACGAAUAGCUAGAGCAAAGAAGAAAAGAACGAAGUCAGAAUAAGAACAGCUGGCCCAGGAUCGGGUGUUGUCUCUUGUUCUCUGUCUCGCUCAUUCAUCACACAUUGUUAUAAAUGAUAUAUUGGUAAAACUGGUAUCAUUAUAAGUGGGGCUGACUGUAUAACAAGAAUUUGCAAUGCAGCUUUUCUCGUGAAGCUUUUUUUAUGGCUCUUUCCCCUCGAAUUGCGUAGUGUGCAGGCACUUAAAAGUUUAACACCUUAUUUCUCUCCUCAUUUUUGGCAUCUUAAUUAACAGUAUUUCAAUAUCAACAAUUGCAGCAACACAUUCAAAAAAGACUGGGUGGGGAAACACUGACACAUUAAGAACAUCAAGACACUGCAAAUGCUAACAGCUGCAAAGGCGCAAUGGGUGAAAAGAAAGAUGGCAUAAAACCUUAUUCGCACAUACCCGAGCAGUAGGCUAGCCCAUAAUUCUAGCUCUCUUAGGGUUCUACACGGAAGAUGACUGUUGCAUUUGAUUUCUUCUUUAUGCUAGUUAAUCAACAGUUCACUCACACAUGCAUUACUGCUAUUGUUGAUAUGCCAUGACUCAAUCAUUAGAUAUAUUUCUUCAUUCCUCUGCCUAUACAGAAAUACAUAGUUAUUAAAUUUUGGCCAGCACUUACACUCUCAACAAUUUCGUAUGUUGUAAUUACAUAAGAGAUCGCUUACAGGAAUGCUUGCCUUCUAAUCUAUCUUUACAUUGCUAAGAGUGUAAGUGCAAGCCAAAAUUCUAUGAAUGCGUAAUUUUGUACAAACACAAGAAUGUAGAAAUGCAUCUAAUGAUUAAGGCAUAGCAUGUCAAUAAUAGCGGUAGUGCACACCAGAGUCAACUGUUGAUUCACUUGCAUAAAGAAGAAAUUAAAUGCCUUAACCGUUAUCUUUCAUGUAGACUCCCCCACGUGCCGGAUUGAUAGGGAGCCUAUUGCAUGGGCAUGCACAGAUAAGUUCUCGUGUUUUCUUUCUUUUUCCCCCACUGUGGGCCCUUUGCAGUUCUUGGUCGGUGUUUGUGGUAUCUUGACUUCUUUCCUGUGUCCGUGUUCGCAUGCCCCGUCUUUUAGAAUGAAUACUUACCAACUAGCUCAGCUCUCUGUUGUUCUAUGCAGUGUCACAUUUAAUGUAUGACUAUGCUGAAUUAUAGGCAUAAUGUUACUUGGCAGACACUGCCAUUAUGCAUAAAAGCCUUUCUGGCUAGCAAUAAAGCAUGAUAAUUGCUGGUUUAAAUAAAAAGGUGCCACUCAUAUUUCUUUUUUGUUUCUAAACUUGUUGUGUGCUUUACAUUUAUAUGUUUGAAACAUUGCUGAAAAUUUUAAGAAGACAGUAAUAUUUUUUUCCAAAUGUGUAGCAUAAUGUUGCAUUGAAAAAUACACAUUGUUUUUUUUUUUCAUUUUUUUUUCUAAUAGAGAGGUGAGGGGGCUCACAUGAAAAGCAUUUGAAAGUUUGUGUCCUAUAUAAAUCACCAUGUAAAUAAAUACAGUAAAACCUCAUUAACUAGAAAUCGGUUGUUUCGAAAUCUGGCUUAAUUCGGAGGAUUUCCGUGGUCCCGUACCUUGCAAUGUAAGUUUGAGUGGAUAAUUUGAAGCGGUGGCCGGCACCAGUCCGGUUAAUUCGAAAACUUUAGAUGCCAUGUUGGGUUUCAGAUCCCGAUUUCGCCGCAAAUCUGCUGAAACGACAUCCCUUAAUAGCCAUAAAGCAAUGCAACGUAGUGAUACUAAUGAGUGGCAGCGGGAGCACCUCUGCCUCUCGACUUCCAGCGCAAAAAAAAGAGAAAAAAAAAACGGUCUCGUGGUCAAUCAAAACGUGCGCCUGCAGAAACGAGACGUGCUUCACUGCAACAUAGCGAUGAUGCGCAGGCAGCAUAUUGCAAAACUGCUGCUUAGGCGAGUUGGUUCAUGAUCAUUUAGACAGAUAUUGGAAGUAUCUUGCAAGAUCAGUGGGUCAUGGUUUACCCAUUCCUUCUAGGAUUGCAAUCAAAUAAUAAAGUACUGUUUGACGGAAUUCGCGAUGUACCCGAACCUCCAAUUGCCGGUUGCUUUGCACUGCUGAUGGAGUGCCGGUUGCUUUGCACUGCUGAUGGAUCCAUCAGCACUGCUGAUGCACUGCUGAUGGAUACCUUUGCACUGCUGAUGGAGUUCUUGCCAGCAACACCUACUUCAAAAAAUAAGUUCAAAGAUUUAAAAGAUCACUUUUUUUAGCCACAACACAUCGCGAGUUUCGUCGUACUGGCCAUUAAUAAAUUCGUAAUGAUACCAGAAAGAAUGUGCGAAUGGCCGCACCCUGACGUGCUGAUGCAGCGAGGAGCUGUCGACAUGCUUCCCAUGUGUCACUACUGUUCUGCAGUGAAGAUGUUUCGUUUUCUGCAGGCGCACAUUUUAGUUGAUCACAACUGCGUGUUUUUUUUUUGUUUUUUUGUUUUUUUUUUUGCAGCAGCGAAGUCCAUCGUUUUCUAAAUGUAAAGCAUUUCUUAGCGAACUUCGGCCACUUUGAGCGUAUCUAUCUAUCUAUCUAUCUAGCCGCUUAUGCUUGGGUGCUGUCGUGGGCACCCCCUUAACUUGGUGUGAACCAAAAUUAGCAUGGGAGGGUAAGAUGGUUUGACGAACAUGACGUGCUAGUCAAGACAUGAAUAAUGUCACAAUUCCGUCGCGUACUUCACAUACUCAAGGGCGGGUAUGGGCCGCUGCUCUGCGGGUAUAUGCCUCUGAUGAGUGACAUUUAGUGUCUAUCCAGGAACAACGAGAACACACGCGGGCAAAUUUAACAUGCGAGCGCUAAGAAAUACCCGACAUCCGCAGCGUCAACCCACUGAAUGCAAAUAAUAUAUGCCAGGAUCCCAGCUGGAAUCGAACCCAAGCAUUCUACGUGGCAGUGAAGCAUCUUACUACACUACGCCAUGUCUCGGAACUUCUUUUCAAAUAGGCGCUAAUCUUCGUGAAAUGUCAAUAGUGGUUGCAGUGCUGCCUACCCAAUUUUAUAAACAUUACAUAUGUACUCUUUUGAUACAGCCGUGGCGUCGGGUUAACGUCAAUUGUGGUUAGUUGCCAUGCGCUCAAUUUGAUUUAUGUAGCAGUGUCCAGGGCCAGCAUCCUCGCGAGCAUCAGUGCUUCAUAUCAGCUUAUGGUGUUGCUAACGGGCAUGUUCCAGUUGGCAUCAUUGCGCAAGUGCAAACAACUGAUUAUAUAAACAUCUGCAACUCUUCAACAUAUGUUUGUGCAUGCAACAUUUGUACAUAUAUUAGCGUAAUUUUAUGACGCGUUGCUCAAUAAAAAAAUUGCAACAAGAUCACGUUCCCUCCGCAUGCUUCGCAUAACGUCGAUUCUCAGGUAUGUGGGAUCUGCCAAAUUUUUCAUAUUUGUGGCAAAAUUAAGACUAGGUAUUGCUGGAAAACCUAACCCUUGGUGCCGCAAGCUAGCCGGCGCAGCAAACGACGAGCACUGACUACUUGGAAUAGUUCCAAGUUGCUUGCAUUCCACUUUUUGUAUGUUCUGUUAAUUCCAAAACCCGCUUAAUUCGAAGAUUUAUGGUGGCCCCAGUGACUUCGAAAUAAUUAGGUUUUACUGUAUUGUGGGUUGUGCUUUUAUUGUGUUAUUUUUCAGUAUCUGACACCGUUUGACACUAGUGUGUGGUUAUUAUGCAAGGAUGGUAAACAGAGCAGAUGGAAGGUACACAUCAAGUGCAAACUGAAGGACACGACAGUCUAGGCUUAGCAAAGUGUAGGCUUGAAACUCUAGUUGCAAUGUUAUUGUAAUCUUGGAGCAUACAUACUUGUGUCUACAAAAGUUUCUAUCUUCCUUCAUUCAGGAAAAAGUAUGCAACUUUCACUACUUUUUUUCUCUCUGGAACAUGAUACUUUUUUUAUUUUAUUCUUAUCUUUCAUUUAUUAUAGCAUGGACCUUGCACAUUACAAUUUUUCAUAAGGGAUGACUGAGAAUACAGAGCUUAAGCAAGCAGAGCUGUCGUGGAGGUUAACAUCUGAUGGCAGGUUUCUCAAGUGGAUAGCUGUUGCAAAUAAGAAAAAUGUUUAAUGAUAUGUUAGCUUGGCAUAUGGGUAUAAACAGCUUUAUAUGCUGAUGUGGAAAGGUGUGAUAAGAUGCUUGACGGGAAAAGUGGAGGUAAAAACUUUACUGAACAUGUGUGGUAGUAUUGAGCCUGGUGGGCUACAAGCUCGCUGUCUAGGUUAUGGCCUCGAGUUUUUGGACAUGGGUAGCUGGAUAAUAAUUUUCAACAUUUUAAACAUAUUUUACAACUGUGCAGGUCUGCAUCUGCUUUGAUAUUCUUUAGUAUCGCAGUGAUCUAAAAAAAUAGCAAAGUCCUUCGUGGGCGUAAUAACAUCAGUUUUAGUUCUGCAAGAUUUCAGUUACUGAACCUCACUAAAUUGGGAUAAGAAAAUGAAGAAAUAAAGGUUUUAGGAGUUAUACUCUGCUAUUGCCAGCAAGCAUGUUUUUACCAUUUUAUUACACUUUGUUUCACUAUAUGUACCGUUAUACACCAUGUUACUUUUCACGAUGUUGUUACUCAUUAUUUAUGUUGUUAUGCACAGGAGCUACCAUUUGAGUUUGCAACUACGGGACCUCCUUCUGUGUAUACUUAUGAUAUAUGUGUACCUUUGUUUGAGGUGAAAUAAAUUAUUCCGAUUCUGAACCCUA